AGCAGAAGAAAGAGACCCCAAUUGAGGAAUUAAGCCAUUUUGUAUGCAUGAAAAGGUUGAAGUGUCGCUGCCUCUGCAGCCUACAGUCCCCCAUUGCACUCCCUCUUCCCACUGAAAAAGCUUAGAAUAGGUCCCUUUUGACGAAUUUGACUCCAGCCAGGCCUUUUUUUUGGGAUGUGAGAUUUUCAUUUUCCCCCUUCCAUCUCCUCAGUGAUCAGUCCCUUUUCUCCCCAUGGGAAUUCAAGAACCCUAAAUCCCCAGAAAUGAAAAAGCUGAUCUGUCUCUUUUCUUGAUUCAGAAUUUUUUCCCCAACAGUACCUACUGGAUUCGCCUCUCUACUGGGUCGUUUCCCAACGCCAGGUACCACUCCUAGUCUCGUCUCUUUCUCUUUUAAUUUCCUUUUCCUUCUCCUCCUCAUCAUCAUCAUCAUCAUCAUCGAUUUCAAUUUCCCACUCCCAUUGAGAUUUGCUCUUAAUUUCUUUCUGAUCUCAAAUGAUGCAAUUCUCUGAAACUUCACUGCACCAAAUAACGCCAUUGAUGUCGAAUCCCGCCAUGAACAAAAACCAAAUCAGUUCUAGCAGAGCUUGGCCUGGUUUUCCCACAUCGUCCAAGGCCUUGGGGAGCUUCGGCGACGCCAAUGGUAUGGAACAGUUACUCUUACACUGCGCGGACGCCAUCGAAAGCAACGACGCCACUCUCGCCCAGCAAAUCUUGUGGGUCCUCAAUAACAUCGCUACGCCCGACGGCGAUUCCAACCAGCGCCUCACCUGCGCCUUCCUCCGCGCCCUCGUCGCCUGCGCCGCCCAGCGCGGCACCUGCAAAAUGAUUACCGCCGCCAUGGCCAACGCCUACACCACCUUCUCCUUCUCCCCCCACAGAUUCUCCAUCAUCGAGCUCGCCGCCUACGUCGACCUCACCCCCUGGCACCGCUUCGGGUUCACCGCCGCCAACGCCGCCAUUCUAAACGCCGUGGAAGGCUUCUCCGCCGUCCACAUAAUCGAUCUCAGCUCCACCCAUUGCAUGCAAAUCCCCACUCUGAUCGACGCCAUCGCGAACCGCCCCGAAGGGCCUCCCCUGAUAAGACUAACCGUCGCAGGCGUCGCGGGCGCCGCCGGCGCCGACGAAGCCGUCCCUCCCCUGCUCGACCUCUCCUACGAGGAAUUGGGGUCGAGGCUGGUAAACUUCGCGAGGUCGCGAAACGUGACGAUGGAGUUUCAGGUGAUUCCGUCGAGUUCUUCAAAUGGGUUCUCCUCUCUAAUCGAUCAUCUCCGAAUCGAACAUCUGGUAUACGACGACAACGAGGCUCUGGUCAUAAACUGUCACAUGAUGCUUCACUGCAUUCCAGAACAGAUCAACAUAAGCCCCAAUCUCUGUCCUCCUCCUCCUUCAUCGCCGCCGCGGACGGUGUUUCUGGAGGGGGUUCGGAGCUUAGAGCCGAGAAUUAUGGUGGUGGUGGACGAAGAUGUGGACUUCACCUCUAACAAUUUGAUGGGCAGAUUAAGGGCGGCGUAUAAUUACAUGUGGAUACCCUAUGACACAGUGGAGACGUUUCCGGGGAGGGGGAGGAAGCAGAGGCAGUGGUACGAGGCGGACGUGGGGUGGAAGAUAGAGAAUGUGGUGGCUCAGGGGGGGUGGCGGAGAGUGGAGCGGCAGGAGCCGAGGCAGCGGUGGGUGGAGAGGAUGACGGGGGCGGGGUUUGGGAGCCUGGGGUUUGGGGAAGAAGGAGUGUCGGAGGUGAAGAGCAUGCUGGAUGAGCACGCUGCAGGGUGGGGAUUGAAGAAGGAGGAAGACGAUCUUGUGCUCACCUGGAAAGGACACAAUGUGGUGUUCGCCACUGCUUGGAAAAUAUGCCCUGUGACCCAAAAUGAACAGCUCUCUGCGCCCAGUCCCUGUUUCAGACUAACAUUCCAACAUUCAGCCUUGAAUCUCUCUCUCUCUCUCUCUCCCGUGCUGCUUUGCCUUUAUCUCUUGUGGGGGCGCACGUGCUGACAGUUUGGGCCUGGAAGAUAUGGUCAUCGAAGGAGCAGGAGGGCCGUCAAACUGAUUUGGCCGAUGGACCCUACUACUUCUUUGCCGGCCCAGCUCGGCAACUCAGGCAGCAUACGGCCACAUACACCCUGUUCAAGCCGUUAGAUUUUGAAUCUAACGGUCAUCAACGGUGUGAAGAUGUUUUACACCAAUAGAGUCAAAAUAAAAGAUUAUGUAAAAUAUGACAAAAAAAUAUGAUUUAUUUUAUUUUCCCAUUUUAGUUAACAUGUAAUAAAAUUGAUAGUUACAAAAUAAACCACAUUAAUAAUGAUGAGCUAUAAAGUUGUUUGGAACUA